GUCGAUGCGAGUGUGUUCGCGUGCUCGCGUGUUCGUGAGUGCGGCGUAGUGUAUAGUCACGUCUGGUUAGAAUACGUACCGGGCCGUUAGCCUGGUGAAAAAGGAAAGUGUCACCCCAGAAGAAGGGUGGUUAGUACGUACUCUAGCGGCAUCUGCCUGUUCUGCUGAUAUGGAAUACCUGCGUCCGAUUAUUGUUGUGCUCUUCACGUUAUGGAGUCGUCAGGGCUGCGCUCGAGCCCAGUUCAAGGACGACCCCAGCUGUGGCGACGACGUCAUCGACGCCUGCGGCACUGACUUCAUCGUGUUCGGCAAGGGCCCCGAGAUACCCGAUACGCCGCAGAAACUUGCCGAGAGCUGCAAGCAGGAGCUAAAGAGCGCCGCCUGUGCCAAGGACUACACGAUGCAGUGCCUGCUGGGAUUCACUCGAGGCGCCGCCCUGGUGGCGGUCAAUGCAGUCGUGGAAGAGCUGGAAAGCAAGUGCGACAGCACGCACGCGGCCCACAAGCGUUAUUUCCAGCACGUAAAGUGUAUGAACCGGGCUGGCGAGAAAAUACACGGCUGUGUGAAGAAGUACCAGGAGGACCUGUACGUUACGGCCCGCAGUGUGCCUCGAAAGCUCAAGAUUCCAUACGCUUGUUGCCAGUACCACGAGUUCUACGCAUGCUGCGAGGAGGCCCUGGCGGAGCACUGCCAGGACCCGGACGCCAUCGAGCUGAUGCACGAGACGACAGACAACGUGUUCGGCAACAUGCUCAGCAUCAUCUGCGGGUCCUACCAAAGGGACUCGGCUCCGUGCCUGUCCCUCGAUGUCCUGCCGCGCUACAACGGGACCGUGCCCAGGAACUUCGUCUCGCCCCUAAAGGCCAUUGUGCGUUCACUCGUCAGUCGCGAGGACCGCUGAAGAAAGCUGUCCGGCGCGCUAGCAAUGUAUGAGAGAGUUUCAGCUUGUGCGUGAACGGUGUCGCCGUUUGCUGAAUACCGAAUUACCGGAGACGUAAACGUGAUCGGAUGGGUUGGUGGCGCUGCCUGUUGGCUCAGAGUUUAAUCAGAGCCGGCCACCACGUUCUUAUGGCAGUAACAGACAAUA